CCCCUUCACCAUACUGAAUCCAAUCUGCACAUCUUUCAUUUCCCUCAUGUUCUUUCUAGGGUUUUGAAUUUCCCCCUUUUCUGGGUCACCCCCAAUUCUUCUGUAAGUUGCAAAUUUGUUGUCUCGGUACCCUUAGAUCUCCCUUUUAAGAUCCGGGUUCCUUUUGUUUUCGUAAAAGAUUCUCAAUGUCACAAGGAUUUUCAAUCGAGCUUUACUUCGAUCCAGCACUCGAGAACCAAGUCUUGAAAGCUUGGAAUGUAUUGGCUCGUCGUCAAAUCAGCACCCAGUUAAUCGAAAUGGAGUCGAGGCCUCACAUUUCCCUUUUUUCAACCCCUUUUCUCGACCCGUCGAAGCUCGAAUCCGUCGUGAAGUCCUUCGCUUCAAAGCAAGAGCCUCUGGCUCUAUCGUUCUCUUCAAUCGGGGCUUUCCCAAAUGAAAACAAUCUUCUUUUUCUCUCACCAGCUCCAACAAUGGCGAUCCUACAGUUCCAGGCUCAGUUAUCCGAGGCAAUCAAAAAGGAAGGGAUUGAAGUUGGAGAAGAUUUCAAAGUCGAUUCUUGGAUUCCCUAUUGUCCCGUGGCUCAACAAGUUCCGAAAACAAGAAUUGCUGAGGCUUUUUGUGUGUUGAGGGAGUUGAAAUUGCCUGUUUCUGGAUAUGCAAUGGAGAUUGGAUUAGUGGAGUUUUCGCCUGUGCGUGAACAUUUCUCGUUUGGACUUGGGAAUACCAUUGAGACAUAGAGAUUGGAAUGGUCCAUUAUUACAGUCUACAUCUUGACAUCCGUUGGUGACAAGCUGAGCAGGUAAUAUGGAAGGUAUUUAUCGGCAAUCCUGUGGGGAAGGAAAGAUGUCAAA